AUGGAGGCCGACCCCAUCACUUCCAAGAAUGCUACUAUUGAUAGCAAAGCACCCAUAGCGGCGGGUUGGAUGAACACCAUCAACAAGAAGAAAAAGGCAACCAAUCCGCUGCCAUUGGAUUGGACCCGUGUCAAGCGACGACGACCCAAUAGCAGCAACAACAGUGACGACGAAGAUUGCUGUGCCCCAUUGGCAUUCGCCAUGACCUCCGCUACUUUACCACCCGAUCGCCACUUGGUAGAAGGCGUGGCCAUUUGGUGUCUUCAUCAACCCGAUCCAUCGUGGUUUCAGGGAUACUUUUUUCCAUCCUCGUCCAAGACAACCACUGCUGCCUGGGGAUUGUUGGCCGUUCAAGAAGAGAUUGACGAUUGUCUCCGCAGUGCCGAUGGCGGCUAUCGCGCUGUCACGUUGACGGUCAAUCCAUUUCAAACUACUAAGAAAAAAGUCGCCUAUACCAGUGUCGAUUGGACGGGAGGAGAAAUGGUCCAAUUGACGGGCCGUACCGUCAGUUUUCAACCGUCCAAACUAUUGACGGGACAGCAUGCCGCCCCCAAAGUGGAACAAUUCUUCCAGAGUAUUCUGCAAAAAUGUCGUUCCAAGUUGGAGGACGAUGAUGCUUCUGUGUUGGAGUUGAUGCCCGAUGUCGCCAUUGUCAUUGGACCCAUGAAACUGGUCAUGCCAAAACCCAAACACGACAACACUUCCAUUCUCGAUGAUUAG